AUGAAUGCACCACCAGUAGCAACAAGAAUUAGUAGAUCCUCAAAUUCACAUGAAGAUUAUAAUUUGGGCUUAUGUGGAUAUAUAUUGCUUAUGCUUUCUUAUGCACUUAUAUGUUUGACGUUUCCAUUUUCCCUUACUGUUUGUCUUAAAGUCGUUCAAGAAUAUGAGCGAGCCGUUAUGUUUCGACUUGGUCGUAUCUUGGGCGGCGCCAAAGGUCCAGGUCUAUUUAUUGUAGUACCAUGUGUUGAUGCUUAUACAAAAGUUGAUUUGAGAACAGUCACAUUUGAUGUACCACCACAAGAGAUUCUAACGAAAGACUCAGUAACAGUAGCUGUUGAUGCUGUUGUAUACUUUCGAGUAUUUGAUCCUGUUAUUUCUAUUACAAAUGUUGAAGAUGCUCCGAAAAGUACGCAAUUACUUGCUGCUACUAGUUUACGUAAUGUUCUAGGUACAAAAUCUUUACAAGAGAUUCUUUCUGAUAGAGAAUCAAUUGCACAAACAAUGCAGGCUGCUUUAGAUGACGGUACUGAAGGUUGGGGAGUUCGAGUCGAACGAGUUGAAGUUAAAGAUGUGCGAUUACCUGUGCAACUUCAAAGAGCAAUGGCAGCUGAAGCUGAAGCAGCAAGAGAAGCUCGUGCUAAAGUAAUUGCAGCUGAAGGUGAACAAAAAGCAUCAAGAGCAUUGAAGGACGCAGCUGAUGUUAUUAUGCAAUCACCAACAGCUCUUCAACUUCGAUAUUUACAAACAUUAACAACGAUUGCAUCAGAAAAAAAUUCAACCAUUGUAUUUCCAAUUCCGGUAAUGAAGAUGACCGGAUUUGAUCUAACCUCUUAUUUAGAAACUCAACUAUGA